GAACCAGACCUGGAACUCCCUGACCCCCUCCCCUGCCUGCCCCUCUCCAGCCCGCCUCUAGUCAAGUGAUCAGACUGUCAACCAACCUCUCUAGGAUUARGUUUCAGGUCAGCUGGUGUAUAAGACCUGUGCCAAGCCAGAAGCAACAGAACAACAGUGAAUGGCCAGGAGGAGCCAUCGGAUUCCUCCUACCACCCCCUGGGAUGGAGCCCUAGGGAUCUACUGAGCUGCCCCUGCCCUGGCUGGGCUUACAGCCUUCUCCCUGCACUAAAGCCCAGAGCUACCAAUUGACCUCUCUCUUUGGACAUCACUGGGCUCUGGAGGGACAGGGCCAAUCUUACUGAGAGGAUGGUUGGACUGAAGCCUUCAGAAGUGCCUCCCACCACCGCUGUGAAGUGCCUGGGGGCGGGCGCUGCGGCCUGUUUUGCAGAUCUCCUCACCUUUCCACUGGAUACAGCCAAGGUCCGCCUGCAGAUCCAGGGAGAGAACCCGGCGGCACAGAGCGUGCAGUACCGCGGCGUGCUGGGCACCAUCUUGACCAUGGUGCGCACCGAGGGCCCCCGAAGCCCCUACAACGGGCUGGUGGCCGGCCUGCACCGCCAGAUGAGCUUCGCCUCCAUCCGCAUCGGCCUCUAUGACUCUGUCAAGCAGUUCUACACCCCCAAAGGAGCGGACAAUUCCAACAUCGCCGUCAGGAUUUUGGCGGGCUGCACCACRGGGGCCAUGGCAGUGACUUGUGCCCAGCCCACCGAUGUGGUGAAGGUCCGAUUUCAGGCCAGCGUGCGCCUGGGGCCCGAGAGCCACAGGAAAUACAGCGGAACUAUGGAUGCCUACAGAACCAUCGCCAGGGAGGAAGGGUUCAGGGGCCUGUGGAAAGGAACUUGGCCCAACAUCACAAGGAAUGCCAUCGUCAACUGUGCUGAGAUGGUGACUUAUGACAUCAUCAAGGAGAAACUUCUGGACUCUCGCCUGCUCACUGACAACUUCCCCUGCCACUUUGUCUCUGCCUUUGGAGCUGGCUUCUGUGCCACAGUGGUGGCCUCCCCAGUGGAUGUGGUGAAGACGCGGUAUAUGAACUCACCCCCAGGCCAGUACCGCAGCCCGCUGGACUGUAUGCUAAAGUUGGUGGUCCACGAGGGACCCACAGCCUUCUACAAGGGAUUCACCCCCUCCUUCUUGCGUUUGGGAUCCUGGAACGUGAUGAUGUUUGUAACCUAUGAGCAGCUGAAACGGGCCUUGAUGAAAGUCCAGAUGUUGAGGGAAUCUCCAUUUUGAGCAAGACAAGAAGGCUACUUGGUACUUACCUUGCAUGAGGCCAGUUAAGGAUGGAAUAAAGCAGUGGACUCAGUCCCACAGGGAUCCAGGCCCACAGGGAUCCAGGCCCACACAUGUUUACAGAACUGCGUACUUGUUGCUGAUUCAAGAAACAGAACUGAAAGAAGAGGAAGGAUUUUGGUCUUCAGUGCUUCGUCUAAAAUCACCCUUGUUUUGCACUGACUUUAAUGGAAAAUAAAUUAUAUUAAUUUUGAAACCCAUUAGGUUGGAUGCCUAAUAUUUAGGCAAGAGUAAACAGAUCUUCUGGAUAAAAGGGAAGUUUGCACACUUGCAUACCCAGAUAAAUUGGAUUAGAUGAUGACUUAUAACAGGAAAGACCACCAGAGUGGGAAGGAGUACACAUGAAAGUCAGCUGAAGAGCCUCAAGGGACACCACCGAUGCAACCCAAAGCUGAGACUGCAGCCUCCACAGUCACCCAGGGGUCACCUGCCUACUGAUCCUCAUGAGUCCACCAAGGAGAAUCUACUGGGAUUCCAAGAAAUGUGAGAAUCAGAAGGGAAAACUCAAACCUGUGCAGAAGGAGCCCCGCAGGGCCAACCUGAGGCUGAGGCCUGGAAAUCUGCCCUCCCAGAGAACACAGGAGAAUCAAGGGGGCACCUCAGUCCACUUCUGUAAAAUAGGUAAUAAUCUCUUCCCGGCYUACCUCACCGGGUGUUAGGAAGAACAGUGAGAAAGAAGCUGGGCACAAAUCCACUUUAUAAAAGCAAAAGCUCCUACAGGCCUAAGUAUGAGGACAAUGCCUUGAGAAAGAUUUUUUUGGAAAAGAGAGUAAUUGCCAAGAAGUUUUUGAAAAACACAGUUGUCCAGUGGCAAGACCAGAAGAACCUGGGCUGCAAGUGACAGUGGAUGACGGGAGCCACGGGAGCCCCACUCCCCUGCACCCCUGCUCCCUGGCCCCACUGUGAGUUACCUUGAAGGGCGCGCGGCUUGGGGAGAAGAGAGCCUGGCCUAGAGCCUGAAGCAGCUGGAUUCAGAGUCUUUGGGAAAUUAGUGUGAUUCAGUGAAGGAAUUCUGACCUUCAGUGUAGGAAUAAGAACAGCCGCUUUUCUGCCUUCUCUUUCUUGGAUAGAAUUUUCUCCCUUCAGGGUUUUUAUUUGUCAGGGUGGAGCCAGAUCUAACUCUGUCACUGUCCCUUUGACUGCAGGCAAGUUGAUCUACYUUCUAGGGGUUUGGCUCCUCCAUCUGCAAAAGGCGAAGUCGAGCUGCCUGACCUAUUUUCAAGCUUAAGACUGAACAUCUUUCAAACUGAUAAUGGGGACCCACAGAGCCAGUGGCCAUUCUUGUUUCUCAGGAGCAUGAUGUGGCUCUAGGACAGUCAGAAGAGGGUCUGGAUCUUACCACACCCACCUUAUUAACAAUUACCCUCAGGGAAUCCUUGCCCCUCAGAGUCCUCCUAGAGAAGCUGAUGACAGUCCCUAGCUCACUAGCAUGUGGUGGGGGUUGAUCUAGAACACCCUGCAAUACAGGAGGUCUCCUGUGUCAUUUCUUCCUCUCCUGACCUGACUCAUCCACAUCAGGAAAAAGUGAAUCUCCAUCCUGCCUCAGUACUUCCUGACAUUAAAUUGUAACUUGAGAUCAUCUACAUAUACAAACUGAAUAGCUCAAACAAAAGGGAAAGAAAGAAAUUAUUUUGAUUUAAUGUCUGAUUUAACCUUUAAAUAAAACUUCCACUUACAA